CACCCAUAAGGCCAUAACUAGACUGUUUCUUGAUUACAGUAACAAUAUUGGUAUUGGUUUAUAAUUCUUUGUUAAAAACAGGUUGAGAUGGAAGAACAGAGGUUGAAGUACCUGCAAUUUGUACAAAUGGCAGCUCUCCAUGCUUUUCUUUAUGCUUCAAAAGCAUAUAGUUAUGCCAAGAACAACUCCGGUCCACUCAAACCCAAGGUGGAGACGAUAGAGGGUACCCUAAAGACCGUUGUCAGCCCUGCGUACGACAAGUACCAUCAUGUUCCUGUUGAGGUCCUAAAGUUCGUUGACCGUAAGGUAGAUGAGACGGUUGACAAAUUCGGCAAUCGGGUGCAGCCUUUUGUGAAACAAGUGUCAACUAAAACCAAGAACUUGUCUGCAGAGGUUAAGACUGCUGGGCUGGCAAAAACCGCGUACACAAAGCUUGAGCCGACUGCUAAAGGACUCUACACAAAAUACGAGCCGGUUGCUGAGCAAUAUGCUGUUUCGGCUUGGCAAUCACUGAACCAGCUUCCACUCUUUCCUAAGGUGACUAAGGUGGUGGUGCCAACAGCUGCUUACUGUUCAGAGAAGUACAACCAAACCGUGCAGCAAACAACAGAGAAAGGGUACAAGGUUUCUUCGUAUCUUCCGUUGGUGCCGACCGAAAGGAUUGCUAAGGUGUUCAACCCUGUUGAGCCGGUGGGCACGAGUGGAGGUGAAGGGGCGGUUGUGUCACAUUAGGGUUGUAUGAUGUUG